UUAAAGAGUAUUUUUGACCAUCUAUCAAAUUUAAAUUUGAAAAAAAAAAAAAGGUCGCAAAAACCCUGAAAAAACUCUACAAGGUCCACCCUAUUUCAUCAUCACUCAAAUCCAAAUUAUUUCAGUAUAUUUCUUUACAAAUUUAUACUAGCAUACACCUUCUUAUUCCAAUUUCUUUUCAACUACAAUUUGUUUGUAUAUCCACCCCACCCCCGAAAAAUACAUUAGGCUUUGAAAAGCGGAAAUAGGAGAGGGGAUUACAACGCGGAAAAUCAAACCCUCGUGAAUAAAGUGAAAGUUCAUACACCCAAUCAAAGAGCUACUAAAACUGUAAUAGCGGGUGUUGAUUUUUCUUCUCUCAAGUUUCAUUGGGGCAUUUUCACAAACACGCAAGGUGCAUGCUAAUAAAUUCAGCUACAAACUAUAUACGCAAGGUGCAUGCUAAUAACUAAUCGCGGCAUAACUUGUUUCCGACCCAAAACGACCCCUUAAACCAGCAAUGUGGAAGUGUAAUCACCAGCUAGUUUUCUUGCUAUGUCUUUGGUUCGAAGAUGCUUAACAACAUCUACUGAACCAUCACCCAUUGUGCUUAUAAAUUGGUUGAGAGCCUGCAAAUCGAUCAGAAACCUCGAGCAAGUUCACACCCACAUUAUCCAAAAGGGGUAUGAGCAAGACCAUUUUAUCAUCAACCAGUUUAUAUCACUCUGUAACGCGUUUUCGUGUAAUGUAUCUUAUGCUACAAGUGUGUUUGAGCAUGUUAUUCAUCCCAAUGUUUAUGUAUGGAAUACAUUGAUUAAAGGGUAUAGCAAAAAAUCAUCUCUAGUUGGUUGUUUCGUAAUCUUGAAACGAAUGAUAAGAAGUAUGAAUGUGGUACUUGAUAAAUAUACUUUUCCAUCGUUGGUUAAAUCUUGUUCUAAUGCGUUAGCGUUGAGGGAAGGGCAGAUUGUUCACGGGUUAAUAGUGAGAUAUGGAACUGAUAGUGAUGUGUUUGUAGGAUCUAGUUUGAUUGAUCUUUACGGGAAGUGUAAGGAGAUUGAGUAUGCACGUAGAAUAUUCGAUGGAAUUCCGAUAAAGAAUGAGGUUACGUGGACUGCUAUGAUCGUUGGGUAUGUGUACGCUGGUGAUUUGUCGAAAGCAAGAAAAUUAUUUGAUGAAAUGCCGGAGAAAAAUGUAGGAUCGUGGAAUGCGAUGAUUAGGGCGUUUGUGAAGCUUGGUGAUUUGGUCGGUGCGAAGAAAUUGUUUGAUUGUAUGCCUGAUAAGGAUGUGGUAUCUUUUACUACUAUGAUUGAUGGUUAUGCUAAGGCUGGUGACAUGGCAUCAGCGAGGUUCCUGUUCGAUCAGUCUUCUGAUAGAGACAUAAUUUCAUGGUCUGCUUUGAUAUCUGGUUAUGCUCAGAACGGGCAGCCCAAUGAAGCUGUCAAAAUUUUCCAUGAAAUGUUGUUGAUGAAUGUUAGGCCAGAUGAGUUCAUAAUGGUAAGUUUGAUGUGUGCGUGUUCCCAGUUAGGGCGUCUCGACCUGGCAAAUUGGGUGGAACAUUAUAUGAGCCAAAAUUCAUUUGAUUUUAAUCAAGUACAUAUAUCUGCAGCCCUUGUGGGUAUGAAUGCUAAGUGUGGGAAUAUGGAAAGGGCAAAAAUGUUGUUUGAGGGGAUGCCUAAGCGUGAUCUAAUAUCAUAUUGUUCGAUGAUACAAGGGCUGUCUAUGCAUGGUUGUGGUUCUCAGGCUGUAGAUUUCUUUGAUAGGAUGCUGAAUGAGGGUCUUGUGCCUGAUGAUGUUUCCCUAAAGAUAAUUCUGACUGCUUGUAGUCGUGCAGAACUUGUUAAGGAGGGUUUUCGGAUAUUUAAUCUAAUGACAAACAAAUAUUCUGUCAAGCUAUCUCCAGAUCAUUAUGCAUGCGUAGUAGAUCUUCUUGGAAGAUCAGGAAGACUUAAAGAUGCAUAUGAACUUAUAAAGUCAAUGCCUGUUGAACCUCAUGCCGGUGCUUGGGGUGCACUUCUUGGGGCUUGUAAGCUACACUGUGACAUUGAGGUAGGGGAGGAGAUAUCCAAUAGACUUUUUGAACUUGAGCCUCAAAAUACUGGUAAUUACGUGCUUUUAUCAGAUAUCUAUGCUGCGGCAAAUCGGUGGUUAGAUGUUGCGCUGUUGCGUCAAAAAAUGAGUGAGAAGGGUCUCAGGAAGAUACCUGGUUGCAGUUGGGUAUUGGACAAUCCUUAACUUUUUCCUAUUAUUGUUCCAUGUAUUCUUAUCCCUUUUUACGGGGUUCCCCCUUCAAUGAAAAAUUAAUCUAUUUUCUUUUUAUCUCUUA